CCGCGGUUUGACGAAUUAGUUUCCACGACUCUACAACUACCCCGGUAUCGUUUGGCUCUUGGCUGCAGCAGCCACGCCGGCGCGACGUCUAUGGCGACCGCGCUGCCGUCGCCGCUCGUCCUGCAGCGUCGACCAGGCCUCGCUGUCGCGGCGGUGGCGCCUCUGCUCAUGCUCCUGGCCGUGGCAGCCUUAUCCUUCUUAUCGGUGGCCGUGGCGGCAGGCUCUCCGGAGCUCGUCGAGCUGACCCUCCUCGCCGGCGCUCGGGAGAAGGGCGCGGUUUGCUUGGAUGGGAGCCCGCCGGGUUACCACCUGCAGAGAGGCUUCGGCUCCGGAUCACACAGCUGGCUCGUCAAUCUUGAGGGAGGUGCUUGGUGCAGUACGAUAGAAGAUUGUUCCCAGCGCAAAAUGACCGACCUUGGUUCAUCUAAAUUCAUGGGAGCAGUAGAGUUCAGCGGGAUACUCAGCAGCAAGCACUCAAAAAAUCCUUAUUUCUACAACUGGAAUAAAGUUGACAUAAGGUACUGUGAUGGGGGAUCAUUUGCUGGGGAUGCGGAAGGCAAAGAUCAGGAUAGAGCCAAACUUUUCUUCAGAGGAUUGCGCAUCUGGGAAGCAGUUAUCGAUGAACUCAUGGGAAAAGGAAUGGACACUGCUAAACAGGCCUUACUCGCAGGUUGUUCUGCUGGUGGUCUAGCGACCCUAUUGCACUGCGAUAAUUUUCGUUCAAGGUUUCCUCAGGAGGUUUCAGUUAAAUGCCUUUCGGAUGCUGGAUUCUUUCUUGAUGUAAAGGAUUUAUCGGGGCAAAGGUUCAUGCGGUCGCUCUUCAAUGGAGUUGUUCACCUUCAGAAUGUUAGAAAAGUUUUGCCCAAGGACUGCCUCGCAAAGAAGGAUCCGACAGAGUGUUUCUUUCCGGCUGAGGUUAUUAAGAGCAUCAGCACCCCCACAUUUAUUCGGAACUCCUUUUAUGAUUCAUAUCAGGUAGGAAAUGUUCUUGCGCCAAACGGAUCUGAUCCUGGACAGUCAUGGUCGAGUUGCAAAGCUGAUAUUCGAAACUGCAGUUCCAGACAAAUUGAGGCAUUGCUUGGAUUCUGGAAGAAAUUUAUCAAGGAUUUGAAGGUUGCUGAAGACAAGAGGGACUGGGGGCUCUUCAUUGAUUCAUGCUUCAACCACUGUCAAACGCCAUUCAAUAUCUCAUGGCAUUCUAGGAUCUCCCUAAGACUUGGUAAUAAGACGAUCGCCGAGGCUGUUGCGGAUUGGUAUUUUGGUAGAGACCAUGGAGUAACGGAGAUCGACUGAGAGUUUCCAUGUACUAACCCCACAUGUAGCAGUCAGCUCGACCUGUAAUAAGUGAAGUUAUGCUCUUCGCUAUUGCCAAAUCAAAACAAUACUUCAACAUUC